CAAACUAAGACGAACCAAACUCACAAUCACACACAGAGAUGCGGACCCUUGUCGAGGUGGCAGUCCUGGCGAGCCGCGUGCUGUCGAUGGUGUCGGCGAUCUUUGUCUUGUACUGCGAAAUCAUGGGCUCACAUGCCAACCAAGCCAUUCUUGUGGGGGUGUCGCUCCACACCAACAUACCGACCGACUACAAUAGUCCGUUUUCACCAGCUUUCCUACCGACCAUUUUGACAGAUCCAGACACUGUGCGACACACGCUCGAGUCCAUUUGCCACUCGGCCAGUCAUGACCCUUGCAUUGCAUACUUGGACACGACCGAAGACGGUCGCGUCGAUUUGCAAGCCGCGUUUUGCAACGAAACGUCCACCGCCGACUACCUCUACGGCCCAGCGUACCUCCUUCCGGUCCUCACCAGUGUGUUAGCUGAUUCUGUCUACCACCUGUCCGUGCCAGACUUGUGGGCGUUUGUCGACUGCAGCUACUUUGGCCGCAUUUCUAGUGACACGUCGACGGUCAAAGUAACCCUGUUGGACAAACGCAUGCAAAACAUCACCACGCUGUUCCUUCAAACGGUGAGCCUCGAGCGGCCGUGGAAGCGGCGGGCGUCCAGCGGCGGCGCCGCAACCUUCACCACAACCCCACUCUCGUCCCUGAAAGUGGUCGAUGGCGUCGUCCAUAGCACAGAGCGUGCCACGUAUCAAGUGGCCAUUGGCUGGGACUUUCCCUACGACGUCUCUGAGCCAUUCGUACCCGUUGUGCUCACCGCCUUGAUUCCCCCCAGCGGGCGAUGGCACGCGAAUGUUGCCGCCACAGACGAGCCGCUGUCAUUUUCUGGUAGCAUGGGCAUCUAUCGAAAAUACCCCGACGUGCAAGCUAGCGUCGACUAUUACUACUGGGACCUCCCCUCCGAUCCGAUGACGUUUAUGUCGACCAUCAAAUUUCCCAGCAUCCACGUGAUGCGAGAUGGAUGGGGGUACUACCGGUAUUUCAUCGGGUUUGGCAUUGGGUUCAACCUGGCCCACACGAUACUCGUGGCUUGCAUUAUCACGGUCAACAUCUAUAGGCGCGAUGGCAUUCUGUGGAUUCCAGACGUAUAUCCGUCGAUCCAGCGAAGGGUGGUCCUGCGCACGGUGCUGUGGCUAUCGACGUGCUAUAUGACUGAUUGGUGGUACCCGUUUCAAACAGCCAUGAAUCAAGGUUCGGUGCGUCGUAAGCUCGAGUUUGCCUUGUACUUGCCCGAAUUAGUGCGAUCGGACUGCCUCAUGUUGACGUUGGCGGUGGUGUAUGUCGCCGCCGCCGUCUGCCGCGUCCGCGUGCAGCUGUUUGUGGUCGUGGGGGUCUACUUGUGCUGCUUUGCGCACCGUAUCGCAUUAGUCGAGAUGUGCGGGGUGUACAUUGAUGACGCGAACGCGUACCUCCAUCACUCGUUUUCUGACAACAUUUGCCCGGGCAAUCCCGGCGGCAUGGACCUGUGGAUCAUGCACGAAAACAAACAGACCAAUUACUGGCUUCUCGUCACCGAAGGCAUGUGGACUGUCGUGGCGAUGGGGACCGGCGUCGGGUAUGUGCUGGGUACGAAACUGUGGCAGGUGUGGCGUCCCGUGCAGACCACGGCGUCAUCGACUGGUCUGGGGGACUGGAUACGCCGUCGAAGAAGCGCCAAAGUAGGGUCCAUGGUGAUUGUGGGACCUCUAACCGCAAGGGGGGCCUCUGUGGAGUGUGCCUACGGUGAGGAUUCGUCAACCUCCCCAAAAACGCACUGGACUCUGCGGUCUGCGCUGUACGACGGGGUGACGGCGGCCGACGCUGGUGUGAACACCCACUUUGAACGCAGCGCGGGCCGAGUUGCAGCGGACUUUGUCGGUUUUGCCGCGUCGUCCAUGGACUACGCUGCCACGUCAUCCAGUCGAACUGUGCAUGUGUCCGAAUCGGGCGUGUGGCUGCUGGGGUUUGUAGUCGUGGACGAUCGGUGGGUGGUCAGCAUCAACGACGUUUUGUUGUUGGUGGUGAAUGUGCUAAACCGGCGACACAUUCGACGUGUGUAUGGGUUUCCAUUGAAUGGCAACGAAGUGGCCCCUCGGCGGAUGGAGGUGGACGUGUCAACACUUACGCCUCGAACCGUGUGGAAUCUGUCGCUCAAAGCCAUGAAGUAGUAGAGGGCCCCCUUGCAUUGGUUUGGGGGGAUGACGUUUGUCCAGGAUAGUAGCUGGUAAAUGAACAAGCACGACUGACCUACUACAGUG